AUGCUAAAAAUAUUUGGUCAAACUAGUGCGACUGAGUGCUGGCUAUUUAACAAUGUAGAGGCAAUGGAAAUUGGUUCACUUUUCCUACCUUGCUUUUUCUUUUUCCCAAGACUGGCUCAUCUCAGUGAAAAACUGGUGAGAAAGGAUCAGAGAAAGGUGGAAGACACGGCGGCAGCAAAUAGACCCUCAAAAGUGGAAGAAGACUUCGCUGCUUUUUUUGACAACGAGAGAAUGGACGCGAUAGAAAAAAUGCAAGACGUUUAUGGAUCUGAGGAAGACAACGACAUCGGUAUCUCUUACCCUCGACUAGCCUGCAUGAUAUUCGAGGUGAGAAAAAUCGAUAAAUAUUCAUUUUGUUCUCUUUUUUACCGCAGCUAGAAAGUUGCAAUAUUUUUAAUAUUACUGAUUAUGGCUGGUUACUGUCGUAACCCUUCAAAUCAAACUUCUAGGAACACUUGUGAAUUUUUUUUCCUGAAAGGCGGCCUACGAAAAGACGACAGAGGCAAAGGACUCAGCACUUCAUGUUUUCAGAGAAGCAAUCAAUGAAAUGAUUAACAAAGCUGCGGAACUGGGCGAAGCUUACUUGCGUUCGGAAAAGGUAUGCAGUAAAUUCUUAUACUAAAGCUGGCAAAAUAAGCUCUAUCUCGUUAAUCCGGUUGAGAUAAUGAUUAUAACUCAUGUUCCUUGUCAGGUUAAAUCAAUACCUAAUUUUUGGUAAAUGAUAGAGAACCAAAUCCAAAAUGAAUGGUUUUCUGUGCCUUUUUCGAGAACUAUCGUCAUGGUAAGACAUGGUAAGAUUGAAACAGUGAUCCAGUAGUUUAUAAAGUUCGGUGUUGUUGUUAAAGUUGUCUUUUGUUCCUAAAAUUUGACCCUUUCAUUUCACUACUAAAUGAGUUUCACGGAAGUCUUGUAAGGCUAUUGUGCAAGAAUCUGAUAAUAAAUAAUUACAUCGUAUGAACUGCUCGUGCGUUUCGUACUUUCGUUUUGUAUUUCAAAAGGAUCAUCCUUUUCGUAUCACUGGACUCUUAACGUUAUCGGGUUUUCUUCCAUUUAAAGUAAUAAAGAUGAACAGUGAAACUCUUGAGUUGGCUUUUUUUCCGCUUGCUUUGUCCCUUUAUAACAGAGAUAAUCGCGGGACAAGUAUCGACAGAGACGCGGUUAUUGCUCAAUAACUGUCCGGUGAUUUUGCACCACGCGACGUAAAGUAGCCAAUAGAAUCGCACGCAAAUUAAAGCAUGGGUUAUCAAGAACCAUAACCAACGUAUAUAACCAAGUGUAACAAAAUAUUUUGCUCGAGCUUUACAAUUUCUAGUUUAAUUCUCAUCUUUUUUACUCUGUCAUGUGUUGAUGAAGUCCAAGCUAUCGUCACAUAGAGUCAGUUUGAAGAUACCAAUGUACAGCCAGGAAUUGAAGUACCCGACCGAGGUUCUAGAUACUCUCUUGCUUUCCUUGAAAGAAACUGCGCCCCUCUGCAGUCUCGAGUUCAUGAAAGAGGUAUGUUACAAAAAGCUAUAUAGUAAACUGCUUUGAAUUCCCAUUCAAUUUUUAUAAAGCCUCCUAUCAUCUUAUACAGCUCAUAUCGUACAAAAAGGGAAAGUCCCUUAAAGACAUGCUUGUGAUUAUGAAGGCGAUAAUGCGACGCGACCACAAAGCCACAUGGGGAGUCCGUGUCAGUCUGUCUUUACCCUUAUUCUUAUGCCGAUAUCAUUUGGAUACCUAGCAUAUCAGCUGGUGAUCAAAUUCGGCGCGAUCGGCGAAUAAAAUCGCCAAGUGCAGUGUCACCAGUUUAACUAACUUCGUAUUCUUGGUCCGCACUGUAAGUUACGAAACCUAGUUUUUGCUGCCCUAAGUAGAUUUGAAUGGAAAAAAAACUCUAUUCCUAACUUACUGUACUGACCUCGAACUUGGUUAGUAAGAAGUAGUUUCUCUUUACAUUUGUCUGGUCCGUUUCGUUAAGCUUGCAAUGAGGUCUUAUACCCUCUAAAAUACCUGAAAAUUGACCUCAAACCAGCUUUUUAAAUCGGUGAGAGCUGGCCACCCCGGGUGAGAAUCCAAAUCACCGCCUGUGUCCCAAUUCUGUUCGGCCAGUGAGCUCUUAGCAAGUUCAAUAGAACUGAAACUUAAAAUUAAAAGUGCAAACGAACCAGAAUGUGUGAUCAAUGAAAGAAAUAGCCGAAAGAGAGAAAGAAAAUUGUAACGAGGCAUUUAUUAAUGGGCAUUGAUGAAGAUGGCGAGUUGAAUAUUUAUGCUAAUCUUACAAAGUCGAGUAUGAUGGAAAAUUAGGCGGCCAUGGUGUAUACUGACUUAUAAAAGACAAAUACGAAACGAACAUUGCUGUUAGGUAGAAUGACUAACCUGGGUUGGAUUUUGUGUCAGUGUUUAAAUGAAGGAAUUGAAAAAAUCUUAGCCUUUUCAGCCACUUCAACUCGAGUGUCUAUAAUGGUUACCUGACAAUGGAGUUGAUUCGACUUAACUACGUUUUCUCACCUAAACACUCGAAACAUUGGAUUGCGAAAGGGUUACCCUUGUUAGUGUGAUUAAUAAUCGUCUUGAGUUUGUGAGGUCCUCUUCGCAUAUACGAAUCAGAGUCGAUUUGUAGCCCUCGUAAAACACCACAAAGAGUGCUUAGGAGAUAACACUUUACACGUUAUUGCGUGGUUAAGGCCUCAUACAGCGGGCUUUCGUGGACCAAUGGUUAGGAAAUGCUUGCAGAGUACAUCAAGAGAAUAUCCUAUGAGCAGUUAUUCUGUUAUAUGUAAGAAAGAUCACACUAUGAUCCUGUUCUCUUUUAACUUUUAAUUUUGAAGAACAUGUAUUCCCAAACAAACAAAGUUGACCUCUUUAGGCUAUUUGGCCAGUGUACCCCAGGUUUCACUUGUAAUUGGCACAAUAUUGCGUCUUUUUCAGGAUGUUCGGAAAAGAGUCACAGAAAAGUGGACAUCAUGGCUCGCCAGCGAAAAAUCAUGUAAAUUCUCUUUCUCCAAUCAUUUGCUGUUUCAACUCAAGGACUACAUUAAGGCGUGCAUCCUGCUAACUUGGCGUAUGGUCGUCCAGGUUCCACCCAUGCAACUGGAGUAUAAGUGUACCGCUUUAAAAAAUUUCCAUAUGAAGGUGGGAUACCAUAGUAGUCCAGAGAUGUGUUCGAGGCCCCCUCCAAAUGGACAAGGCGCCGCCGAUGAUGAGAUUGCUUGUUAUUUGUGGCCAGCACUCUUAGACGGAGGAGGACGAAUCAUCAGACGUGGAGAAGUCCUUUGUAAAGUGAAAGCCGAAGUGGUAUAG